AUGGAUUAUAGUAACCAAACAAGGAGAAAAGCCUUGACAUGGAUAUCUUUCCCUGCAGAGAUUCGCCUCAUGAUCUUGGCGACAAUCACACACCAGAAACAUCCUGGCUGGGGUUCUCUUGCGUCUGUAUGUAAAGAAUGGCAGCGCGUUUUAGAGAAGGUCAAUUUUUACAAGAUAAAGCUGCGAGUAUCUUGUCUCGACAAUUUCGAACAUAUCGUUUCACCACAAAAGAGGGGGAUUAUUCACCACAUCUGUUUCAAUGUUGAACUACCACGAUACACGUCUACAUGUUGCUCAAAACGACGUUCACCAUCAGUAAGGAUCAGCUUUAUGGUCAGUGGUGGGAUAUGGAAACUUUUUUCUAUUCUCAGUACUUGGACACCAGCGAAUAACUUGACAUUGGAGAUCAACGUAUACUCCCCUAGCAACUGCGAACACUGGUUCAAGAACAUAUAUUUGUCCUCUGAUGAUGUUGAGCAUGGUAAGGACGGAAUGCCGGGUGUGUGGAGGACUGGAAUUCCGUUUCAUGACCUGCAGCAUGGCUGGGUGCAUGUUAAAGCAGUCACCUGCUUCGUUAUCCGUCGACAACUCCGGCGUUGUAUUUCUCAAUCGGGAUUGGGCCAGUUACUCAGCAGAUUUGAUCGUCUAGAACAUAUAUCCUAUGAGCCGUGGGCGCCAUAUGAAGAUGUGACCAGAGAAUUUCGUGAUGGAGAGAUAGCUCUUUCUUUGACAAUGCGAAAUAGUCUCCCGGAUACUCUCAAAAGAUUAAUAAUAUUUGAGGACUCCUACAAGUUCUAUGAUCGAUUUCCAAAGCGGCCAGCCCCUAUACCCUGGUUCAAUUUGGUCGAUCCUAGCGAAGGGCUUGGUGCGGUUCUCGCAUCUAAAAGCCUUGACUUACAAUACCUUUCUAUCUCCUUUAUGAUCGAUGCCGAAGAAUUCUUUCGACGCUGUCAGUCGACGUGGAGCUGGUCACAUCUGCAAUCUCUGGCGCUAACAUCACAGCUCCUUCAGGACGAUUGGGAAAAGCGUAAGCAGAUUGAGGUUUUGUUAUGCCGAGCCAGUGUCCUUGUACAGAAGAUGCCCAAGAUACAUACAUUUGUGCUUUGGAAUGGUGGAAAGGCACAUGCCUGUGCAUUCAUAUAUCGCAUAGACAGAGAUAGUGUCUCGGUAACUUGGCGCGGAACGUGGCAUCUAGAGUUGAGUCCUCUUGUUGUCAAGUCAUGGCAACUCACUGUCUCAAAGCUUCCAUUUCCUGAACUUCAACUUAAACUAAAGCGGGAGUGUAUUCGAGGGGUCAUAAAGUCUCACGGAGAUGCAAUUUAUCACCUAGAAAUACCCUGCCCAGUCAUUGAUCCUGCGUCACUUUGGCAGAUCCGGAGGGAAGGAUGUAGCUAAGCGCAGUGAUAAUAUAACUCUGGAUAUCAUUGCCUAUAUUAUCCCUCUAUGCAUCAGCCUUGGAUCUUUCCAACCCCGAUGCCAAUGCUAAUAAUUAAUACAAAUUCAAUGCAGAUUUGAUGCCCUUGUUAGAUUAGACUUGAAAUCUAGAUAUAUUUGAAAACGUGCUCAUGCAUUACUCGUAAC